GCAUGGUGAUGGAAGCAGUUUGGCGCAGCAGAAAAAAAAAAGGUUUGUAUAUAUUUCGCUUGUUUUCUUGUGCAAGGCACUGUUUCCCUCCACACAGCAAGAGACGUGAGAGGCGAGACCUUAUUCAAACCUACAGAAUAAUGACACAUAUUGAUCGGAUAGACCCUGAUUUGUUUUUUCGAAAGGCUGCUUAUCAUGGUACUAGAGGACAUAAAAUGAAAAUUGACAAGUCAAUAUCCCGGCUAGACGUAAGGAAAUAUUUUAAACAGUCAAAGAGUAGUCGAUAGAUGGAACAAACUACCGAAGAGUGCCACGGAAUUACCAAUACUCCUUUGCUUUAAACAGAAUUUUGUUAAACUGGGUUAUUAACGGGCAUAAUAAUGCCUCCCUUAACCCCGCCACAUUUCUUACUCUUAUGUACUUCUAUGAAGAAGAUGAUGAAGUGUGGUAUCAAGAUACGGAAAAUAAUAAUUUUGAAAACCUUGUCUACCCAUUGGUAAUUUACCGCAACCGAGCUUAAUACUGUAUAAUCUAAAGCAGUAAGAUGAAACACAUUAGGCGUUGUAUUCUUAUUCUGCUGGUGUGUUUUAACUUCGCAACUUACGCAAAAAUAGUAGCAGCGGCAGCCGCAGCGGAAGCGACAGCGGUAGCAGCAGCAGCAGCAGCGGAGGCAGAAGAAAUAUCAUUGGAAGAUGCAGAAGAGUUAAUAGCGGAGAUAACAGAAGAUGCAGACGUAGGGAACGAACAAAUUGAGGAGGAAUUCGUAAUGCCAUCAAAUCAGACAAAAUGCAGUGCCGAAGCAAUCACACCAUUGAAUACGGAACAGAGAAGAACUUUGGAUAAACAUAAAGAGAAUAUUAAAGUUAUAGAGAAUAAUCACGAGGUGUUGAGAUGGAUGGAUGUUAAGAAGCCAGUGGUAAGGCUAACGAGGCAACAGAGAGAGGAAGUGAUGGUCUACUUGACGAGUGCGUUCCUGAAAGCCGAAUCGCUACCUGAUAUUGAGAGCGGGCUAAAUAUAUCGAAUAGCGAGCUUCGAGAAAAACGACGCUUCGGCCGCCAGUGGGCGAGAAUAUGCGAGCCUGUUUACAGCUGGGAUAACGUGUACUUAACUGUCGAUUCAAACGGAACUCUCGUUCAAAUUAUUCAGCUGGAGGAGGAGAAAAUGUACCAAUGGUUCAUGGCGGAGACGUGCCAAACAGUGGUCAGCAGUAUAGUGAUUGCCGCUUGCGUAGAGGUGGAGCGACUUCAUCUUGCUUACGUCAUCAACCUUACAACAGGAGAUAUAGAACAAACCUACGUAGCUGUUCACUGCUGUGUUGGAAUGUCGAUCAUAUAACGAACACAAUCAGGUUUUACCGAGAAUUGUUAAAGCAAAAUAUUAAAUUUCUUUAUACUGUUUCACCAAUAAGGAAAACUAUUAAUAGUGUCAUUACAAAUUUGUUUUCUUAACGAUUAUGGUAGCCACAUAACGCACGGAACACAAUUUGUGUAAGCUAACACGACAGAAUCCAGGAUAAAUGGCUCAUGGUUUGAAACUCGUGGAAGGUUCAUUGUACAACUUCCUAUAGAAAUGUGUUUCAUUCACAAUAGAAUCAUAAAGUAGUCUUUAAUAAUGACGACUAAUGGUGUUUAUGAUUCCUGUACUGUAUUAUGUGUGGAUUGAAUGAUUUGAUUAUUGAUAUUAAUGAAUUAAUGACAGAAUCAUUAAUAAAUUGUUGUCUUCAUAAUUAUAAUUCAUUAUAUAAUUAUGUGAAUCUGAAAUAUUUGAAAUAUUGAUUGAAACAUUAUCUAAUAUGUAAUACGUUACUGAAUUUAUGCGGACGAAUUAUUAGUAAAUAGUUUUCAUGAAUUCUUGGAUUUAAGUUAUUGAUUUCAAUCAUUAAAUUAUUAGAGCAACUUGUACUAGGAAAUUACCAGCUCGGUUUAGAUUGAUUAAUUUAAUAAGCAAUUAGUAUAGUUGUAUCCCAUACAGUACGCAAUUAGUAUAGUUUUAUCCCAUACAGUACAUUAGAUGGUGCUAUUUGCAUGAAUGAUUGAAUUCUUCAGUCUUGUGGCUUUAUGUAUUUUUCACAGCAAUUGAGUUUUCUAUUAAAAUAAGACAUACCCAAAAGCAA